GGCCGUCUGCAAGGAACCGCUCUACCGGCGACCAAAGGCACAUCUGCGGCUUACACACCCGUUUCAAACAGAACCCACCGCUCGAUAAGCUUCCCCGAAUCCCUUCCCACAACUUCCGGACAGCAGUUCUGGCCAACUGAACGUUCUACAAUGCUUUCUCAGGUGAUCGUGAUGGUGUGCGCGACCGUGGCCGCGGUCAGGAGCAACGUCGGCACCAUGGGGCCCAACUAUGGCGGCGCCAGCCAGCAGGCGCAACAGGCACAACCUCAACCGCCUCUGUUCCAGUACCAUCCCAGCUUCUACCCACCACCGCUGCCUUACCCGUCGUACCACUAUUCGCCAAGUCCUUACCAGCUGAGUCACUACCAGCCGGAGCUGUGUCCUCCGCAACCGUGCCAGCCGCCGCAACUUCACCACGGUCUCCACAGCCUGUCCAGUCACAUGGGCCUCAUGCCAACCAGCGACGGCGGGUUCUUCUUCAACGACCCCAGAGGCCCGGCUGACUUGGGCCACUACCGCCCUUCGCCGGGAGAGCGCGACCCCAAUGAGCCGGUCAUUAUGGCCCUGGGACGCAGCAACGGCGCGGUUGGCCACAGCGGUGGAGGCCCUGCGCGCACCCGACGCCACGUCCCAUUUGCUGGUCAGCAUACCAAGCACUGAACGCAGAAAGCCAUGAGGGGGUCACCAUGGCGACCGGAGACUUGCCUGUUCCUCCCGCUCAUCCCCUGCCCGUGUCCUUUUGCUCCUCCUACCCUCCCGUUCCAUCUUGCACGCCAUCAAAUAAACACAAUA